CCUAAGAUUCCCGCAGAUUCGAUAUCGAUAGUGCCAAUGUUACAAACGUGUCCACACUAACCUAAAUAAUCCCUUAAAUAUUUUUGGUGGGAUAUUUGAGACGAUAAUGCUGGAUGGUUGCGCUCAUGAAAUUCACCAGAGACAUAUGCAGGCUGUUGGGACUCGGGAGCGGCCCCCCUGUCCAGCAGCAGGAGGAACAGAUGGACUGUGGUGCCGCAACCCCUGACCCAAGUGAUGAUGCCACUCUGUUACAGGAUCCAUUAAAUGGAGAGGAGGAUCUGAGUGAGGAGGAGAAGGUCAGACGGAGGGCAGAGCGACGUAGAGCAAAGAGGAAGCGCCGUAGGAAACGUAAGAAGCAGGAGCAGGUUAAGCAGAAUGAGAGUGCUGAACAGGACGAUGAAGACGAAGACGGAGGUGCGGAGUCUGAAUUGGAUGAGAGUGAGUCAGAGGCAGAGGGUAAUGCUGAAGAGGAGAAACAAGAGCAGAAGGAAGAGAAAAAGGACGCAAAGUCAACCGCCUGUCAAAAGUAUGAUACCACUCCUCUCACGGCCCCCUCAGGAAUCAAAGGACAACAGAAGAACCAUGCCAGAUCUGCUGAAGAGGAGCCAGAGUGGGAUGUGAGCAGUGCCUUCUUUGCUAAUGCUGCUAGCCAUAUUAAACCCAAAGGAUCAUGUCGCAAGUCCAAAGAAAACAAGGAGAACGAGGACAGGAGAGAGACAAAUGGAACUGACACCAUGACUAAGAAAAGCGCAUCACUGACAGAAAAAGGGAUAAAACUUGUGCAAGAGGGGCAAUACUCGCAAGCUGUCAGUAUGUUUACAGAAGCCAUCAAAUGUGAUCCAAAGGAUUACAGGUUCUUUGGGAAUCGUUCGUAUUGCUAUUACUGCUUGGAGCAGUACCCUCAGGCUCUGGCAGACGCUGAACGCUCCAUUCAGCUGGCACCAGAAUGGCCCAAAGGACAUUUCCGCAAGGGCAGUGCUCUCAUGGGCAUGAAGCGGUACAGUGAGGCAGAGAAGGCUAUGGAGCAGGUGCUAAAACUGGACAAAGACUGUGAGGAGGCCGUCACCGACCUGUUAAACUGCAAAGUGCUGCAGUUAAUGGACCUUGGUUUUGAUGAAGGGCAAAGUGUCCUACUGCUGGAGAAAUUCUCAACUGUGCAGGCUGUUGUGGCAUCUUGUUCUGAAGCUGCUAGGGCUGGGAGCCAAGAUCAGUCAGUUGUGCUGCCAGGAAGCCCUUGCCCAUCUCUCUGGGUGGGAAAUGUGACAACUGAGCUAACUGAGAAUCACCUAUGGGACCUUUUUAAAUUGUAUGGAGAAAUAGAGAGUAUCCGUGUGCUGCAUGAGAGAUUCUGUGCCUUUGUCAAUUUCAAGAAUGCAAGCAUGGCAGCACGUGCAAUGGAGAAGCUAAAUGGUUAUUGCAUUGAGAACACACGUUUAGUGGUGCGCUAUCCUGACCGUCGCACUCAGAGGGUCCUCCCUUUUCCACUUAAGAUGUGUCUCCCUGUCACACAGCAGGCAGGGGCAUCAGCUGGACCUCGAAGGCGUGGCCCAGUGAAUGGAGACGAGUGUUACUUCUGGAGAACCACCGGCUGCCAUUUUGGAGACAAGUGUCGCUAUAAACACAUUCCUGAUCAGAAAGGCAAGGACAGGAAACCCUGGCAACCAUAAACUCAGUAUGCUUCAGUACUGUGCAGGAAACUAGGAUGCACACACACAGCGGAUGGAACCGGUACUACGUGGACCAGGUUCUCUGGGCUAAAAAUACUUAACAUGGCAAAAUGGACCAGAACAUUCAAAAGGAUCAGAGCCAGCACUCAGGCUCUAAGGCAGGGAUAGUUAAACAUGUGCCACAAAGGACUGGGAGUGUGAUCGUUUUCACUAUACUGGAUGAUUUUGAUUAUCAGUUCACCAUUUUAGCAGGUGGGAGCAAAUAAAUCACCUGGUGUUUUUUUGUUUGGAGUGAAAACCUUCAUAUUCGCAGCAGCUCAUGGCAAUAUGGUGACCUAUCCCCACUUUAAGGAAUACAACGUAACCUUCAGGCCUACAGACAGAAAGAGGAAGUGAAACUGCUUUUGUCCGAUAUACUAAAAAAAAAAAAAGUCAUGGCUCUUCUCUGUAUGGCAGUAAUGAAAAGAUAAAGGACUUUUUUCCUUUAGAAAUGCCAACAUACAGCAGUGUUUCUCCCUAUUUAUAAUGUACAGUCACUUGACCAAUACUUAAAGUUGUAGUUUGUGCAUCAACCAUUUCUCAAGUCAGUUUGAAGUUUAUACUGAGGCUCCUAGUCAAACUCUCCAUUCUGUGCCAUAAACAGCAGAUUGUCAAAUAGACCAAAGACUACAGAUUACCUAACAUUUUAGUACUUUCCCUAUCCAGAUGUGUUUUCUCUUCUAAUCAAUAAGCUACAGAGACCCAGCGAGGAGCCUUUGUACUGUGCUAUGUAGCAUUCAGUACAUACAGUGUAGAUGAUCAUACAUGAAUAAAUGGACACAUGAGACACAAAUUGGACUUGAGGGAUGUAGAAGAAAUAAUCCAAACACCUGACAAUAUCAUGGAAUCCAGUAGAAUAAAUACUACCUUUUUAUGAAGGCUGUAGUGUUCAGUUUUUGUCAAGUACUGUUUUAACUCUAUGGCAAUUUUAAGGCCAUAAUUUUUUUUGCUUUGUUUUAUUGGACUACAUGAUGUGUCUGGUGUAUCAAGUUCUUUAGUCUUCACUCCCUGUUUUGCGGUAUGUAGAUGAGCUGAGACAUGGAUCUGUUUCCCCUAUCAUAGCAUUAGAAUUAUAGUCCAUGUCAUUUUUGGUAUAUUUUCAUAGUAAACAUCACAGUGCUUUCUGUCUAUGCAAAAGGCAUGUAGUGACCUGAUUGUCUGUUCUGUUUAAGGCAUUCACACCUACCACCACUGGCAAAUGUAAGUCUGCCAGAGGUUGUAGGUUGUUGUUGUCUGUGGCCAACAUGCCGAUCAUAUUGAUAAAUAAUUCAUACAAGACAGUGCCUUACAAAAAUUCAUGCUCAGUCACGUGCGCACACACACAUUUAAAGUCAUGCAUUGAAGAUGAUGCACUUAUAGAACUUUUGAAAAGCAGUGUUUUUGACCCUAGGGCCUCAAUUUCAGUAUUUCAGUGAACCAAAGAAUGCUUCAUCUGAUGGGUCGGCACUAAAAACAGUCUUGUUAUUUCAUGAGUUACAACACUAGACAGUGCAUUAAAACCCAUUGGCAGGCGUAUGUAUCAUCCACUAGAGAAGAAUUACAGUUAUGACAUCUGGCUUAAGUCUACACUACAUUCAAUAGUGAACUAUGCUCAGCAUAGUGACAGUAUUUAUUGUCCUAUUUAUACCUUCCUACCUUUCUUUUUUUUCAACUUCUUUUUUUUACAACAUAUCUUGGGAGCUGAAAUCUGCUUUUAAUUUACUGGCCAACUUAUCUUUUCACUUUAGGGUAGGUUAAAGAAAUGUAUUUUCUACAAUUACAGUUUUGUGCUGUUUAUGUCUGGCUUGAGAAGGAAAGAAAGUGUUUUUGUGUUUGUAGUAACUGGUGCAAACACUGUUGCUCACUUCUCCUUUACGUAUUAUUUUCUGUCUUGUGGCUAAAACUUGUAAAAAAAGGAAUUAGACACCAAACUUCAAGACUGCACUUGUUGAACAAAUUUGCUUGUUUCUUUAUGCAAUUGGUGCUUUUAACUGUGGUGGCACUUUGCAUUUCAUUUUGUAGACUUAUAAAAUGCAUUGUAUGUUACCAUAGAUAGCAUCUUUUAAUUUAAUCUGAUACAUAUUUCCAAAUUGGUCAAGAGGUUUCCCUGGGUUUAAUGUAAGUCAUUUGGUUUGUACUAGUCUAUUUGCUCUUUUUCAAACAAUUUCAGGAAAAUGCAUUUUUAAUUAUGGUGUACACAUUAAUAACCUGAGCACUGCAUUCUUGGUAAUCUUCCAAAUAUUUUGUAUUAUCGUUACUGCACUGCAAAAGAGUCUUUUAUAUUUAAUAAAUGUAUUUGAACCACCUA